AACAGCGGGCCGACCCGUUUAAUUUUCCUUCGAUGCUCCGUACGAUGUCGGCAAUUUCCGGAAGGGUCAUUAACACGGAUCGUCUUUCUUCGUUUAUGUCCGUCAUCGAUAAAAGAGGCUUACGCUCAUCUUAUCACAACUAUUCUUAUCACAACUCUCUAACACUCUUUUAAAUCUAUUAAAACACAAGGAUUUGACAACACGCAUGGAACUCCAUUAGAAAUUGCUGGCUUAGCGAUUUUCGAAAAUCCGUGAAACAUCAACGUCGUAAUUUUUCUCUAUCUCUCUUCCUUUUUUUUAUUUUCUCUAUUUCUCUCUCUUUCUGUCUCUCUCUCUCUCUCUCUCUCUCUCUCUCUCUCUCUCUCUCUCUUUCGGAUAUCGAAAGAAACGAACGACAGGGGAAAAGGAAAGAGGAACGGCGACUAAUUGAAAAGCCGACCGCGGAGAUUAAAGAUUUCCCGGACCCGCCCUUUUCUCUCGCAGCGGCGCUUAACUGAAAUUACGUCAACUGGCGAGUGCGGUUGUGCAUUAUCGACCGACGUAAUUGGGUAUUCGUUAGAAAUAAAUGGCCGCUAAUGCGAUUUCCGGCAGGUAUCUCUCUUCCCUCCUCUCGCUCUCUCUCUCUCUCUCUCUCUCUCUCUCUCUUGCGCUCUUUAUUUAUAUCUACUUAUCCUUCUAUCUAUCUCUUGUCGAAUAAGCACGUCCGUCCAAAUCAUCUUGGCUAAAAAAUACGAUAAAAAUCAUUGUAAACCCAAUAGCGCGCACGCACGCGGCCCUUCCUCUUCCGCAAGUAAUGAUUAAGCGGUUUAAUCAUUUGCUACGCCGGCGAGAACUCAAGACACGGGAGAACCCGCUGAAAAUCAUCGUCGGGAAAACAUCGGGCACAUCGCACUUUACGGCAAACCCAUCGUCUGGUUAUAUCCUAGUGCCGUUAACGUCGUAGACAGUCUUGUGAUAAAUUUCCAGCGCACAGAGUGAAAUAGGUUGCGCCGUGGAUCAUCAGAUAUACAUACGAAAAAAAAAAACUAACAUUUCCCCCAAAAACCAGCAUUUUAAAGUCCAUGGAAUCUCGGAGCAAAAAAUUACGGAAAAUGGGAACUGCGGGAAAUACUGAGAUAGAAAUAAAAAUGUUCGAGAAGAAGAGCCGAGGUUUAUCGGCCAGGUGUUGACUCCGCGUUUGUCGAAAGCAAAGAAAAAAGAUUCGCUCUAACGAGAGCGGAUCAUGAUACAUUAUUUAAUCAGAUGAUGAAUAGCGAACACUGAAGACGGGAAAUAUCUUAGCUAAGAUGGAAGCCCACGUCGAUCAAGCCGCAAACGCAACCGUAGAAAAUCCAAUCUUCAUCGAUGCACCGAUCAUUUUAACAGCAAUCGUGCUCUGUCUCCUGAUUCUCAUCACUAUCGUAGGGAAUCUAUUCGUAAUAGCGGCUAUCGUAUUAGAGAGAAAUUUGCAAUCUGUGGCAAAUUAUUUAAUCGUCAGUUUGGCUGUCGCGGAUCUUAUGGUUGCCUGCCUUGUUAUGCCUCUUGGAGCUGUUUAUGAGAUAAACUCGGGAUGGUCACUCGGUCCGGUGCUCUGCGACAUGUGGACCAGCAGCGACGUUCUAUGUUGCACAGCCUCGAUAUUGCAUCUGGUGGCUAUCGCGGUCGACAGAUAUUGGGCAGUCACCAAUAUCAAUUAUAUACAGGCGAGGAAUUCGAGAAGAAUCGGCAGCCUGAUCAUCGCUGUAUGGGUGAUAUCCUUAGGAAUCUCAUUAGCGCCUCAGUUCGGAUGGAAGGAUCCUGAUUAUUUGAACCGCAUAGCCCAAGGGACGUGUCUCGUGUCACAGGAUACUGCAUAUCAGAUCUUUGCAACUUGCGCGACGUUCUAUCUUCCGCUCUUAGUCAUCUUAAUCCUGUAUUGGAGGAUAUUUCAAGCGGCGCGAAAAAGGAUCAGGAAGAGGCCAGGCACUAUCCUUCAGCCACCGCGUGAAAGAAGAGGCAUCCUUAGGCUGGUUACAAGAAGGCCCCGCGAGGAGUCGACGGCGUUCACCAUCACGAGAUCCACGCCGGAUCACUCGUCAAUCUCGCCGGAGAAAUCGUCGUCGUACAACGGCGCGAACGUUACGCCGUCGACGACGGUGACGCCGACAGCGGUCUCAACGACGACCACCACGACGACGUUGACGAAUCCGACCAGCACGAGCCAGCAGCAGCAGGUGGUCAAGUGCAUGAAGCGCACACGCGAGACAAUCGAGUCGAAGCGCGAGCGUAAGGCGGCCAAAACCCUGGCGAUCAUCACCGGUGCCUUCGUCGCCUGCUGGUUGCCGUUCUUCCUGGUCGCUCUGUUGCAGGCUACAUGCCAGACCUGCGAGCCGCCCAAGCUCGUGGCCAGUGUGUUCCUGUGGCUCGGAUAUUUCAACAGCACCCUCAAUCCCGUGAUUUACACUGUGUUCUCGCCGGAAUUUCGGCAGGCAUUCAAAAGGAUGCUGUGCGGUGGUACGCGGGGACUUCGCUGACAGUGGAUUUAAUUCCUUUGCCACGGUUGAGCGCGAUCCAAUGAGGGAGAUAUGCGUAAAACUUGUACAUAUACAUAUAUAUAUAUAUAUACAUAUACGCACGUUAACGGGGUUUUCUUCGGUGUUGUGUGGUAUUUCUGGAUGCUCAAAUCUAAAUAUUAUUGAAUUAUUAUAUUAAAUAAAUACAUGCACUCAGUUACAUCUAAAUGUGAUAUUAAAAAAUUAUCAAUUAUAAUAUUUUAUUAAUUUUUUUUCUUAGAUCUCUCUUCGAAGAAAAUUGACGAGUAUUUUAUUUUAUUUUCUAAUAUAAUUGUUUAUCUUGUUAAUUCUUGUUAAUUUUAUUCUUUAAAUUUUUUUGUUAAUAAUGUAUAUCUUUUUGAAAAUUUUAAGAUAUAUAUCAUUUAAAUCAUGUUAGUAUUUGUAUCGGUUCAACAUUUAGACACGACAGACGAUAUUCCACACAACACUGCUUCUUCCCACAGCUGUUCCAGGUAAUCAAGCUGCGCGUCGUUAAUUUCAUAGUCACUUUUAACGAAUAUGUCUCGUUGCCGUAAAUAUUAAUUAAAUUCAAAAUUAAAAUUUCACUCGCGGCUAGCAUUAAUUAUAGUUAAUCGAUGAUGAUGUAAACGAUCCAGCGUAGAGUAUUUUUGCGAAAACGCUUACUUGGAAGGAUUAACGACAAAUACAACAUUAUUCGCGAUUUUAUUCAAUUAUAAAAGUAUCCAGCGUUAAAAUAGAUAUUCAAAUUUACGAAUUUAAUUUAUCAAAAUAAAAAUCAGAGCACAUUUUAACGCACAAACUGGGCGAUACAUGUAUGGCUUAUGUUAGUGAAAAUUUUUAUCGCUCAAAAAACGUAAGUUAUGAUCAGAUUCUUCUAUUAUAAUGUAAAAAUAAAAUUAAAAAACGAAGAUAUAUAUGAGUAUCUAAGUGAUGUAAGUGCUUAAUUAAUAAUUUUUAAUAUAUUAUUUAAACAAAGAAAAAUGAGUUUUAUGCCCAUAAGUGACUAUUAAAAAUAUUAUUUUAGCACCUACAGCAUUUAGCAACACAUUUGUAUAAAAUUUCU